CUGGGCACUUUUUCCUUCGACCUCCUACCUCCGACCUCCGAUUUCAGGCGGUACCGCCGACACCUGCUAGCACACUCGCUUGUUUACAUCCUACCUCCAGCUCCAGCAGCAAUGGCCAACCUGUUCCAGCUACUGCCCUCCAACUCGAGUAAUAUUGUCGUCGCAGCACUGCUAUACGAGCGAUUUCAUCUUCAAGACAAGAAGAAGAAACGGGCGUGGAGACGGCAGUGGCUUGCAAGGAGAGAGAACCUUGGGGUAGCUAGCAGACUCCUACAAGAGCUUGCGUUGGAAGACACCGAAGGCUACAGGCAGUGGAUGCGGCUAGAUAAACAUCAGUUUCAAGAGCUUCUUAAAAUGAUAGAGCCCACAAUUAGGAAGCAAGACACAAGGCUGCGGAAGGCUGUCGCACCUGAAGUGAGAUUGGCAAUCACCAUGAGAUAUCUAGCUACAGGAGAGUCACAAACAUCCCUUGCCUACCAGUUCCGGGUCAGCCAGAACCUCAUUUCAUCAAUCAUCCCUGAGGUGUGCCAGGCAAUCUACAAUGCUCUACAGCCCUUAUACGUGGUGGUUCCGAGGACAGAGGAAAAGUGGAAGGAAGUGGCUCAGGGUUUCAACACCCUCUGGAACUUCCCAUUAUGUGUGGGUGCUUUGGAUGGGAAGAGAGUGUUGAUCCAGAAGCCAGCAAAUUCUGGAUCUUUGUAUUUUGACUACAAAGGGGACUUUAGUAUAAUCCUAAUGGCUCUGGUGGACUCUGACUACAAAUUCCUGUAUAUAGAUGUAGGCACUAAUGGGCGAGGAAGUGACGCAGGAGUUUGGAGUAGGUGCAGUUUGUCUGCUGGACUAGAGAAUAAUUCAGUAAGCUUGCCACCACCUGAGUUUCUACCUAAUUCCAGCACUGAGUCCCCAUAUGUAAUUGUAGGCGACGAUGCCUUUCCCUUAAAAACGUACCUCAUGAAGCCAUACCCUGGAUUAGAUCAACCAGAUGAAAAGAGAAUUUUCAACUACCGUCUGUCUAGGGCACGGAGAGUGUCAGAAAACGCCUUCGGGAUUUUGGUCAGCAGAUUCCAAAUAUUCCGGCAGCCAAUCCGCACAUCUCCAGAAUGUGUAACAAAAAUAGUUUUGGCCUCGGUUGCACUUCACAAUUAUUUAAGGGUCACAUCACGGGAUGCUUAUGCUCCAGCAGACGGGAAUGAAAAUACAUCUAGCGGUCAUCAUAGAGGCGUUGCUGGUGUCUUGCAGAACUUUCAAGCGGUGCCCCGAAGACCAGCCAGGGAUGCUGUGCAGGUGAGACAAAAACUGAUGGCAUACUUCAACUCAGUUGGCACGGUACCAUGGCAGAGGGAAAUGGCACAUCUACACUAAAAAUGACGGCUGGAGGGGUUGUGUCAUUGCAGCGACACACGGCGUAUGCUCCCCGUUAGUUAGUGAGUGCAUGAGGUGGGAUAUGUAAAAAGUUGGGAAUGUAAUGUAAACAGAAAGUAAAUGUAAAAUUUCUUCUGCAUAAUUUGGGCUCCGAAUCUUUUUUUUUUUGUUUUUUUUAAGAUUCCUUUCCGUGUUUGCUUUCAGAUUAAUUACCACUGAGCCCACUGGACUCAACCAAUGUUGAAAAUAAACCUUAAGAUAAUUGA